AUGCAGGGCUGGACAGACAUCUACAGAAACGUUGACAUUGCAUUGUCUUGUCCUAUUCUCGUCCUGAAGUCCCCAUCCUCUCCAUCCUUCGCCCGCGGCUCUCCUCUCUGCUUCACAAUGGGGAAGACGGAGCUGCUCUCCCUCUACAAAGCCUUCGUGGAUUGCCUUUGCAUUUGUAUUUCUAAGGACACGAGUGACGCUGAGGCGGACGAGAAGAGAAAUGCAGAAAAUGGACAUUUGAUUUACAACAGAGGAGACGUCCUGCAGGACAGAUAUGAAAUAUUGAACACUUUAGGUGAGGGAACAUUUGGGAAAGUUGUGCAUUGUUUAGACCACGACAGCGAUGGGCGUUUUGUCGCUCUGAAGAUAAUUAAGAACCUGGAGAAAUACAGAGAAGCAGCAAAGCUCGAAAUCAAUGUGCUGGAGAAAAUCAUAGAGAAGGACCCACUCAACAAGCAUCACUGCGUGCAGAUGCUGGGAUGGUUCGAUUACUUUGGACACAUCUGCAUCUCGUUCGAGCUCCUGUCUCUGAGCACCUUUGACUUCCUGAAAAACAACAGCUUUAUUCCAUAUCCGCUCAGUCAGAUCCGCCACAUGGCUCAGCAGAUCGUCCAGGCCGUCAGCUUUCUCCAUGACAACCAGCUGACCCACACAGACCUGAAGCCAGAGAACAUCCUGUUUGUCGACUCUCGUUACUCCGUCGUCUACAACGCAGAGAAGAAAUGCAACGAGAAGAGAGUAAAUGACACCACAGUUCGGCUCGUUGACUUUGGGAGCGCCACCUUUGACCACGAGCACCACUCCUCCAUCAUCUCCACACGUCACUACCGUGCCCCGGAGGUCAUCCUGGAGCUGGGCUGGGGACAUCCCUGUGACGUCUGGAGCAUCGGCUGCAUCCUGUUUGAGUACUACGCAGGCUUCACUUUGUUCCAGACCCAUGACAACAAAGAGCAUCUGGCCAUGAUGGAGCGGAUCCACGGCCCACUGCCUUCGAGAAUGAUCCGGCGGAGCAGAAAGCAGACAUUUUUUCACCGUGGCCGACUGGAGUGGAAUGAGGGCUCUGCGGCUGGACGUUAUGUGAAAAGCAAAUGUAAACCACUGCAGAAGUACUUAUCCUCACAGAACAGCGAGCACCACCAGUUCUUGGACCUGUUGGGGCAGAUGUUUGAGUACGAGCCGUCGAAGCGCAGCACACUGCUCUCCAUCCUCAGUCACCCCUUUUUCUCCCAUCAGCUCAAGAUCAGCAGCAGCGUGUGGAGGAACAGCGGAGACUUCAGCUGA